UUGAAGAUUCCCCCACAUUUCCAGUGGUUGUUGACUGUGUCCUCUUUGUUUCAGCAAUUAUCCCAACCAACAAAGCCAAGGGCAAGAAGGGCCAACGUCACUCUCCCUCCCUUCCUCCCUUGCACAACACAAAAUUCCAAAACCCAUCCCAUCCCAUCCCAUCCCAUCCAUCACAAUUUCAUUUCCAAAACCCUGAGAAACAAAGAAAGAAAGAAAGAUUUCCCCAAAUUCUCACCAUGUGAAUUCUUUUUCCCUUUCCUUUCCUUUCAUUUCUCCCAAUUUCGCAACCCAAAUCAAAAGCCUCAAAAAUGGAAAAUUCAGAGAAGGAAUCGUCAAUGGCGACAUCCAAACAGUACGGUUUCUCAAACGGACAUUCGCCUCGGAGUCCUAACCACUCGUCGUGGUUCGAAAUCCGGCUCUUCUACGUUCGGAUCGCGCCGUGCGUGAUCGACAGCGUCCCCGACCACCUCACGCUCCGCCACCUCCGCCGCGAGAUCGGCGUAUCGCUUGAGAUCAACAAUUCGCGCAUUCCGGCCUCCGAAUCGGCCUCUCUGACCCUCCGCCGCGACCGCCUCGAUAAGGAGUCGUCCGAGGUCACCUACGUCAGCACCGAUACCGUCCGCGUCACCGGCGGUGUCGAAUUCGAGGUCUACGAGAACCAGGAGUUGGUUCUCUGCGGGUCUUUGGAGCCGGUGGUAGCCAAUUGGCUUAACGGGAGCGUCAGCUCCGACAAUGACGCGAAAACCGGCUGGACCAUGGACUGUUAUAUGGCUGCGUCGAUCGGUUCGGGCUCUUCGGCGUUUUUCCAGCCGAAGCUCGGGGUUUCGGCGCCCUCCUUCGAGGUCUAUAUCGCCGGCUGCUGCUCGGGAGUGCCUGUGAUCUUGACGAAGACGAUUCAGAUUAGCCCGCGGCGGAAGGUGUUGAGGCACGCCGUCCUCGACGCGAUUCCGGAGGACGAGGAAAUCGGAAAGGAGCAGAGGAAUGGUAAUGGAUUGGUUCGCCACCGGAAAGUUCAGUUCACAGAAUCAGAAGUUGAUGAUUAUGAGCCCAAUGGGAAGAUUAAUCAUGGCUUUUACUCUGAAGAAAUGUACCCUGGUGAGGAUGGCCAACUCUCGUGGUUUAAUGCUGGUGUUCGAGUUGGCGUUGGGAUUGGUCUUGGGAUGUGUCUUGGCAUUGGGAUUGGUGUCGGACUUCUCAUGCGUUCAUAUCAAGCCACAACUAGUAAUUUUAGGAGGAGCAGCAAUCAAAACCAAAACCAAAACCAAAACCAAAGAUCCUCUACAACAAUGCCACACCGUAACUCCCCUACACCUCUCCCCUUAGUAGUAACCCUAAACUGCAUCGAAGACUGCGCUCUAGAACAAGACUGCUUGUCCGGCGUCGCCGCCGUCGAACACGUCCCUCUCAGCCGCUUAUCCGAUGGCAAAAUCGAGUCCGCCGCCGCCGUCGUCCUACACUCCCUCGCCUACCUCCCACGCGCCGCUCAGCGCCGCCUCCGCCCUUACCAACUCAUCCUUUGCCUUGGCUCCGCUGACCGCUCCGUCGACUCCACCCUCGCCGCCGACCUCGGUCUCCGCCUCCUCCACGUGGAUGCCUCGAGAGCGGAGGAGAUCGCCGAUACGGUUAUGGCUCUCUUCCUUGGGUUGUUGAGAAGGACUCAUCUGCUCUCGCGGCAUGCUCUCUCCGCCGCGGGUUGGCUCGGGUCCGUUCAGCCGCUUUGUAGAGGAAUGCGACGGUGCCGUGGCUUGGUUUUGGGGAUUAUUGGUAGAUCUGCUUCGGCUAGGUCUUUGGCUACGAGAAGCUUAGCCUUCAAGAUCAGCGUGCUCUAUUUUGAUGUUCACGAGGGAAAAGGAAAAUUAAGCGGGUCUUCCAAAAAUUUUCCUUCUGCUGCCCGCAGAAUGGAUACUCUUAAUGAUUUACUUGCUGCAAGUGACCUUAUUUCACUUCACUGUGCUCUAACAAACGAAACAAUUCAGAUUAUUAAUGCAGAAACCUUGCAGCAUAUAAAGCCUGGGGCAUUUCUUGUGAAUACGGGUAGUAGUCAGCUGUUGGAUGAUUGUGCAGUGAAGCAGCUUUUGAUUGAUGGCACCUUAGCUGGCUGUGCUCUGGAUGGCGCUGAAGGGCCUCAAUGGAUGGAAGCCUGGAUAAAAGAGAUGCCCAAUGUAUUGAUUCUUCCACGAAGUGCUGACUAUAGUGAAGAAGUAUGGAUGGAGAUAAGGGAGAAAGCAAUGUCUAUCUUGCAGACAUUCUUCUUUGAUGGGGUUGUUCCAAAGAAUGCCAUCUCUGAUGAGGAAGAAUUGGAAAGUGACAUAGGUGAUGAAAAUGAACAAUCUGAUAAGCAAGACAAAGAAAGUGCUCUGCAGGGUUCAGUUGGUGAGCGAUUGAUAGAUGAUGUUCUUGCAAGUCCAGAAAGCUCCCAAAAAAAAGGUGGUGAUAAAUCUAAAGAGUCUCCUAGCCAGCACCAGGUUUCAGGUUUGUCACAAAGUACUGUUACUCGAUCUGAAGGAAGGCGCAGCAGAUCAGGUAAGAAGGCCAAGAAGAGGCAUACACGUCAAAAAUCCCAGCAAAAAUCAGAUGAACCCUCAGCAAUAGAAAAGGAAAGUACCCUGCUUAGAGAAGAUGAUACUGCUAUGAGUGGCACAGAUCAAGCAUUAAGUUCCAGUUCACGGUUUGCUUCCCCUGAAGACUCAAGAAGUAGGAAAACAACUAUAGAAUCAAUGCAAGAAUCAACUUCUGACCAGCUUUUAAGGUCAAGCAAGAAACUUAGUGGAAAGUCUGAUGGUUUGUUGAAAGAUGGGUAUGUUGUAGCUUUAUAUGCUAGAGAUCGUCCUAUUCUCCAUCUUUCAAGGCAAAGAGUUAAAGGUGGUGGCUGGUUCCUAGAUACCAUGUCAAAUGUAACAAAAAGAGAUCCUGCAGCACAGUUCCUUGUUGUUUUCAGAAACAAGGAUACAAUUGGUUUGCGAUCAUUUGCUGCUGGUGGAAAAUUAUUGCAGAUCAAUAGAAGAAUGGAAUUUGUUUUUGCUAGUCACAGCUUUGAUGUUUGGGAGACUUGGAUGUUGGAAGGUCCUUUGGAGGAAUGUCGGCUGGUGAACUGUAGAAAUCACUCGGCUGUUUUGGAUGUGCGCAUUGAAGUUUUAGCAGCUAUAGGGGAAGAUGAUGGGGUUACUCGCUGGCUUGAUUAAAUUCUGAGAAUUAAGAAUGCUAACUUUUUCCUGCCCAUGAGGUUUGUAUUAGUUUAUUACAGUUUUAAAGUUGUAAAUCAUUCUUUCCUUUUCUUUUUUUUUUUUUUUUUUUUUUUUUUUUUUUUUUUUUUUUUUGGUUCUCCCUCUCUUCUUUUUUAUUUUUGAGAUGUUAUGAGCCUUGUAUUGCCUUCUGUUUUCUGGGUUAUUCGGCCUCGUAUGAAAUGAAUGUACUUUGUAACAUACAAGAGAUAUUCCGUUUGAACAUAUGAGAGUUAUUCUGUGGGAAUGUCUUCUUUUAUUCACUUA